GAAAGAAAAGGACACGACUUACAUAAGAAGUAUCUUCUUCCUGCACAUGUUGCACAUCUCUUACUCGCGCUUACGGCUGUACAACACAUACCUACCAACCUUCUCAUCUGUAUCGGACAGCUUGAUCAUCUCGCUAGUACCGGAGUAACAUAUCUAAGUACUGAGUCGUGGAAACAUAGCUAGCUAGGGGACUUAAGCCGAAUAGAGAAGAGAAGAGAAUAGACAGAAACAGAGAUAGAGAGAACGAAACAAGGAAAAUGUCGACUUUUCGUAUCGCAACCUCUACCGUCCGCUCCGUUGCGAGACGAGCGGCCCCCGCAAAUCGAUAUUCUGCGGUGCGGUCGGCUGUCCGGAGAGGCUAUGCGUCGGGGAGCAGCAACCCCGGCAGCUUUGGGGCGGAGAAGACGAGUGAAAUGCCUUGGCUCAUAGGCUCCGUCGGCUUCACCGUCCCAGCCCUAGCAUGGCUGAUCUACACCAAUCCGAGCAAGGGCUCGAGCUCUAAAAGUGCGCAUAAGAAGCAUGAUGCGCAAGCACACGAAGAGCACAACGACGACACCGACGAAGCCCCCGCAUCCUCCGAGGAGGCGAACGUUCCUCUCCCCGAUACCUCAUCCCCUGCCGCCUCCUCCUCUACAGAAGAAGAAGCCGCGUCCUCUUCCUCCUCAGACUCCCCACCCCCCUCCUCCACAACCCCCACCAGCCAGCUCCCCGGCACCACAGACGCCAACAAAGCGCCCACCUCGCCACCGGGGCAGCAGGUUAACCCGGCGCCCGUAGACACGGGGGAUAUAUCGGAAGGCGGUGAUGAGACGGUGGAGGGGAAGCGGAGGGCGAAGGAUGAGUACAAGGAGAUGAUUCGGAAGAAGGACACGAGGGUAGCGACGAGCGCGAGUGAUUUGCCUAGUAAGAAGACUGCGGGAGAGGGCGGGAGGGAGGAUUCUUAAGGGGAGAGGGUAUGGAGAGGGGGGGGAUUUAUGGGGGGAGAAGGGAGGAUGGGUAGAGGGUGAGAUGAGAUGAGAUGGAUG